AUGUUGUGUCUGAUGAUUCCAUAUAUCUCACUUCUGAUAUUUGACCAAUCGUACUCAAUUCGUAUGAAUUAUCAGACUACAACCACAUAUAUUCAUCCACAAGCUCCUAAUGUAGUGAAUAGUUCCAAAAAUUUGCAUGUAAAUGAGUUAGGUGCGGGGUUUAACUAUUACGAGGGGUAUAACAACUCCCCUUCAGAUCAACCAGACACGUUAAGAAGGUCGUAUUUGCCACGCGGUAAAUAUGUAAAUAAUGUGACACUGCUGGGCAAUGUUGGCACGCAGCUCAAAGUUUUCAAUUAUCCCAAUGGCAAAAUGUCAGCUUCCUUCUCGGUUGCAACCGUUGAUAACUGGAGAGACUUGAGGACCAAUGAGUACAAAUCUAAGACCUAUUGGCACCAGGUUAACGUUUACUCGGAUAACAUCAUUCGCAACUUAAGAGAAUACAUGGACGUUGGAGAUCGUGUGUAUGUUAGUGGGAAGAUUAAGUACAAUGUUAUUAUGCCGGAUGAAUUUGGAGGCAAAAAAUAUAGAAUGCAUUAUAUCUCUAUCACUCAUUACCAGGGCACCGUGAUAGUCGUGAAUAAGAAAAGAGCCAUGCGUGACAACAGUUUCGGUGGCAUAUAUGAUCGCAUUGAUACCGAAGGCAAGGGAAUUGAUCCUGCAUUUGGCGAUGAGAAUAUAGAUGAGAACAUCGAUAUAGACGAGAAUACCAAUAUAGAUGAGAAUAUCAAUAUAGACGAGAAUAUCGAUAUAGAAGAGAACACCAAUAUGGAUGAUAAUCAAGACUAUGGGACGUAUGAUACACCCCCAGAUAUCACAGAAUAA